AUGAGUACCGGUCGACUGAAGCGUAAACUAGGCGACCUUGGGGUGGAUACGUCUAGUACCAAGGCCAAUGAAACGUUUUGUCUGAUUGGGACGCCAUUACCGCCCCUAGAAAAGUCAAAGGAUAGUGGAGAGUUCGUACCUAUAUGGAAGCAAGAUGUCCGAGACGAAAAGGGUCGGAGACGCUUACACGGCGCAUUUACGGGAGGUUUCUCUGCAGGCUACUUCAAUACUGUCGGCUCCAAAGAAGGAUGGGUGCCGUCUACAUUCGUGUCGUCUCGGAAUGACCGUGCCAAGCAGAAAACAACUCGCCCUGAAGAUUUCAUGGAUGAGGAGGAUCUUCAAGAACUCAAAGACAAUCGAAACAUUAUUGACACCACAGAUGAGAUGGAUUUUAUGGGUGGAACGCAAGCUGAGAAACAAAGGAGAGAGGGCGCCGAUGCGGAGAACGAUUCCAUAGCCAGUGUACUUGAGGCUUCAAUGCUCCCCGCUCCAAAGGAUUCGGCUGGUGCUCGAAUACUCAAGAAGAUGGGAUGGCGUAUUGGUAAUGGCAUCGGUCCUCGCGUCAGUCUGAAACAGCGAAAGCUACAAGAUCUACAAGCGUUCACCAGCCAAGCUUUGAGCGGCGAUGACAUAAAAGUAGCUGACGAUGAGGAGGAGGCUAGCAAGCACAUGUACGCUCCACGAGAUACGCCCGUAAUCAGGUUUGACCGUAAGGAUAAUUUUCAUGGUUUGGGCUAUCGCCCCGGUAUGAGUCUGAAUGAGAGUCUCGGUGUCAAUGGUGGAAAGUCAUCAUCAGGACCUAACCUAUCUGCUGGCUUCGGUCUGGGCGCCUUAAAUGACGCCGAAGAGGACGACUUGGAUGUAUAUGAUGGCGCCUCUAGCCUGCGGAAUCGUGUUGCGUACGACAUUGCAGACAGUCAGAAUGACGAUAGGAUGUCCAUCGGCGCGAGUUCCGCAAGAGGGAAGACAUCGAGCAGGUCAACGCCAGGGAUGUUCAAUGACGGUAGACUAAUUCUCGCUGGCUUUGUAGCGUCGGACAAACCUGUGUUAGAGGAUCGGUGGUACGCUCUUCCAGAGGUUCCUAAAGGAUGGAAGCCCGACCCCCAACGAAUUUGGGAGCAAGGUCCAGAGAAAGAGAAUAUAAAGCAAAAGAGCACUGCUCUGCCUCAUCAGGAAUGGAAAACGUCUGGACCUUCUGCCGAUGAGCGUGGUGCGAUGUUGGGAGAAACUCCCCUUCCUUCUGCGCCCCGGUCUGUGUUCGAUUACAUGUCAAAAAAAGAUCGGGAACGGCUCAAGAACAUUGCCUCCGGUGGGGCACCAACCGGACCUACGCCCGUUCCACCUGUGUCACUUACUGUACCAUACCUGGAGCCUCAUAUAGCUAGCGCUGCUCUUCGUGGUUUUCAACCUUUUACUUCCGACCCAGCUAAGCAAUCCCGAUACACAUCGUAUAUACAAUCACAGGCAGAUCCGACUGCGUAUCCUUUCUCGCUGAAGCCCCUCCCUUCCCAACGCAUGGACGAGUUCAAUAAGGAACUCCAAGAUUACUCCAAAGCUGCACAGAUCUUCAAACCCGUCUCUGGCACCAUGGCUGGCCGCUUUACUAGUGCCACAGUUAUUGAUCAUGGCCCCAAGAUCCACGAAGGUCUGCACACUCCUUCCGUGGAGGAAAUUGCCGCGAAGGAAGAGGAGGAGCGAAAGCAAAAAGAGGAAAACGUUAGUCCCAAGGUACACGCUGCGCGAAUGGGGAUGUACGGCCCCAUGACGAGAGAAAUGAAGCCGUGGCAGCCAGCAAGGCUUCUGUGUAAACGGUUUGGCGUGAAGGAUCCCAAUCCGCCGCCGGAAGAGGAGGCAGCAGCACCGACGUUUGAGCCACCUGCACCCGAUGCGUCGUUCUUCGCCACGCCGGUAGUUCCCUCGACGUCAGAGCGGAGGGAUCUGUCGAACAUUGGAUUAGGAGAGGAUGAGAGCCAGGGGAAGGACACGCUCACGUAUGAACGGCCUUCGAUGGACGUUUUUAAGGCUAUUUUCGCUAGUGAUGAUGAGGAUAGUGAUGAUGAGAAGGAUGGGAAGAAGGAUGAAGAGGAUGAAGAGACUGAAGCUACAGUCGCGGCUCCAAAGGAUCCGAUACCAAAGGAUCCAGUACCGAGCCAGGUUUCUGGACCGGUGGAUAUGAGCACGUUCAAGCCGAUGUUCAUACCACGGGAAGGCAAAGAGAAGGAUAAAGAGAAGUCAAAGGAAAAGAAGAAGAGAAAGAAAGAAAAGGAGAAGAAACCUGUCUUGGUUUCUUUUGCGAUGGAGGAGGAUAUAGGUAGCGCUGAUGUUCCUCUGCCUGUGAAGAAGAAGCGGAAGGACAAGGAUAAGAAGGGGAGGGCGAAGGCUAAGGAUGAUGACGACGCUAUGUGGGUCGAGAAGCCGGCGCCGGAGGUUGUGAAGGACAUGGAAUUCUAUCCUCCCCAGGAUGAUGACUCGACCAUGGCAAUCGAUGGUAGUUAUGCGCCUGCAAGAGGGAGGAAGAGGGCGAUAGAUUUCAUGUAGAUAUAUUAAUGAUAUCAAAUCUAACUGCUUUCUCCAUCCUCGUCCUCGUCCUCGUCAUCUUCCUCGCCAUUGUCAUCUUCCUCUUCCUCUUCCUCUCCUUCGGUCUCUCCUGUCUGCAUGUCCCAUUCAUCUGCAGCAUCUUCAUCCUCAUCCUCACUACCUCCUGUAUCGUCCUCGCGCUUACGCUUCUUUAUCACCGUAUUGGUGACCGCUGCCUCACCAUCCGCGAUAGCGAUGCAAGUAAGCCUAGUCCCUUUCGAAUCAUAAACAGCCACCGGUUCAAUCUCCUGGACUUUUUGUGACGUUUUGUCCAGUGCUGCCAGGUCAUAUACGUGGAUUUUGCCAUCAGACGAUGCUGUGCACACAAU